AUGGAGAAAUAUUAUUCAAAAUUGACUCCAAGUCAGUGUCUUGCUUUACGCGUCGAUACACUUCAGAGCAAAACACAGUAUAAGGCGCAAUAUAAUUAUCUUAAGAAAAAUGUUCGCAAUCCCUUGCAAUCACCUAGUGUUAUUGAUGAUCUAGAACUUUUAUAUGCACCAAGCUCUACGCGCUACAGCAUCCAAGGAUUAGAAUUCACAGACAAUUAUUACCAUACUCCGGCUAAAGUAGUAAACAGAACUGAGUACACAUGUAAAGAUAGCUCCUUUGAGCCACCAGAUGUUUUGCAAGACUUCCAGCCAGUAAUGCCAGAAUUUGCAUCACCUAAUAUUAAAGGUGUGCGAUGGAGCUAUCCUGAUGCAAUAGCAAGUACAUUAAAGGAACUUGAGCCAAAAAUUGUUUCUGGUCUUAAGCAAAAUAAAAUUGACCCAAAUGAUCCUAAUAUCUUACUAAUCACUAGCAUUAAAGAUGGUGCUGACGGUCUAGGAGACGUGUCGAUUCACAAGGAAUUGUCUGAUCGGUUUUUACCUGAUAAAGCGUUUCGAUUUUCUUUUUGUGUUUUUAAAAUUGAAGCUGUAGUUAGUAAUCGCGAGCCAGUUGAAAUUUUCGUAGAGGAAAAUCCUAACUCAGUUCGAACAAACAGGCCAUUGCUUGAAGCGAUCUGCGACGAAAACAAUAGAGCUUCUAGUUUAGUGUGUCUUUUGCCCAUAGAAAACGAGCGAGCGUUUUUGAAAGAUAAAAUAUUAAGAGUACAACACAAAGAUGGGUGGCGGAGACACUGUCUUAAAUUCUAUACUAGUAUGAUUGAUGAAAAAUUGGAUAGGAAAGAGAGCGGUUUAGCUGGAAGCGGAUCUAGAUACCUUUGUACACUUUGCGAAGCCACAACUCAGAGUGCAGUAAAAGAUCUUGGCAGUUUCCAAAUUUCUAGAACUUACAGUGAAACAAAAGAAAUCGCCGAGUAUAUCCGUGUAAAUCCUGACAGACUUUCGCAGUCGGCUAUCGACAACAUAUCCAAGGGUGUUAAACGUACACCAACCUUACAAGCGGAAGCUAUUGAAAAGUGUUUAGAUUCAACUCACGCGGAUAUAAACUUGGGGUCUUUUUUUAAGAAACUUCUCACACGGGAAAUUGCAACCGUAACUCAGUGGGAAGCAACUGCAGACGUAAAACCAAUCCUUAAAGAUGCUGAGGUUAAAUUUGACAUGCAUUUAAAGAAGAAUAUUGGCAUCAACCCAGAGUUGAUGAUGCCAGGGAAUUAUGCUAGGGUUUUGUUUAACGAAGCCAAUGAAUCAAAAAUACUUUCAUACCUUCCAAAUGAAGAUAGAAGGAAAAACAUGUCAAGUGUUUUACAAAAGUUCAGAUUCAUGAGGAAGGUAUAUCGGUCUAAGGAUCCUAAGAAGGAAUGCCCCGAAGAUAUUUCUAAAUACAAAGAAACAGCUGUAGAAAUGGCCAAGUUACUUUUAACACAUUUCGGGUAUGCUUCAUGGCCAAAUUACUUACAUAAAGUUGUCGAACACGUUCAAGAAAUAAUAGAAAGUCAAAACGGUCCUGGUACUGUAGGCGGUAUAAGCGGUGAAGGGAAUGAGUGCGGGAACAAGAUUUUCAGGCAUAUGCGGAAAAACCUAGCUAGAAAGGGAAACACACAAGGUGGUCUAAGGGAUGUCCUAUGGUGUCACUGGCUUUAUAGUAGUCCUGAACUUUCAGAGCUUGCUACAUUAACAUUGAAACAGGCAAGAUGUAGUUUAUGUUUUGAACUAGGUCAUAACAGACGAACUUGUGUUAUGAACAAGUCAUCAAUGACCUCACAGGACACACAGGCCUGA